AUGGAAAAGAUUUUUCGUGCCCUACAAUGCACAGAGAAUGACAACAUUGUGUUUGCUGCUUAUACAUUAACAGAAGAUGCUGAGUAUUUGUGGGACGGAGUGAGACAAAGGUUGGAGAGGGAAGGCAUAAUCAUUACGUGGCCCUUGUUUCAAGUGAGAUUUUUGGAGAAGUACUUUUCAGAAGAUGUUCGAGAGAAGAAAGAAAUGAAGUUCUUGGCAUUGACGCAAGGAUCCAUGAAUGUAGGAGAGUAUGCAGUAAAAUUUGAAGAACUUUCACGGUAUCACCCCCACUACCACAAUGCCAUCAACGAGAAGCCUAGGUGUGUGAAGUUUGUCAAUGGACUUCGCCUUGAGAUUAAGGAAGCCAUAAAAAUGCAAGAGAUUUAG